GCCAAAUCAAACAUAUGCCACCAUUUCAAGGUUUUACACGUCAGACCGUUGUAUUUUUGAAAAUUUAUUCCGGAACUUUGUUAUGCAUUGAAAAUGAAAUAAAGGAAAAGGAUUACAAUUAAAAAAUUAUUUCUACAAAUUACUGGACGAUGGGUGGUUUAUUAAGUUAUUUUCGUGGUCUUUUCGGAUCUCGCGAAAUGAGAAUACUUAUUCUCGGUUUGGAUGGUGCUGGUAAAACCACAAUAUUAUAUAGGCUACAAGUCGGGGAAGUGGUAACGACAAUCCCAACGAUCGGAUUUAAUGUAGAACAAGUGCAGUAUAAAAAUUUAAAGUUUCAAGUAUGGGAUUUAGGCGGACAGACGAGUAUUAGACCGUAUUGGCGAUGUUAUUAUAGUAAUACAGACGCUAUUAUUUACGUAGUCGAUUCUGCGGACAAGGAAAGAAUAGGUAUAUCGAAGGAUGAAUUAUUCCACAUGCUUCGGGAAGAAGAAUUACAAGAAGCAAUUCUAGUGGUAUUAGCAAAUAAACAAGAUAUGGCGGGAUGCAUGAGUGUGGCAGAGGUGCAUCAAGCCUUAGGUUUGGAUGCACUAAAAAAUAGAACAUUUCAAAUAUUCAAAACGUCUGCAACGAAAGGAGAGGGAUUGGAUCAAGCUAUGGAUUGGUUGGCAAAUGCAUUACAAAAUAGAAAAUAGUUUUUCUGUAAACGGAACUAGUCUAAUCAUAUUUUGUGUACUAUUUUUACGCCUAUCAACUUAAAAACACCAUUCCUCAUCAUUACAUAACAAUGUAUAAUUUGUAUAUUUAAGUUAUUAAGAUAAAUUGAGCUUGAAUAAAAAAUACAUUUCUAAGACAAUAA